AUGGCAGCAAGUAAGAAUGGAUUGGUCAAGGUUGUGCAAUGUUUGCCAUCAUUUGAUUUUGGCGGUUUUGUAGAUUCAUUCACUGAAGCUGCCAAAAACAAUCAAUUCAAAGUGACAGAUUAUUUGGCAAGAGAAUGCUUUUCAAAGAAUACUAAUAUUCUUCAAGGUGCUCAAGAUGACAAAAAAAUUAAACUUUUAAAUGCAUUGUAUUAUGUCAGUAGUGAUGAAACUCGAUUUGAAUCAUAUUGGAAUGAUUUUAAAGCACUCACAACCAACUCCAAGAUGGUCUCUCAAUUAUUAACACUGCCACCAUUCUACUCAACAUUUAAUCGUUGUCAAAUAUCCAAUGUGAUUGACUGGACCCUUAAAAACUACUCAAGAUUUUAUGAUGGUCCUGAAAGAGAUCAAUAUCAAAUGCAACCAUUACAAUUGUCCAAUCCAGACAACACCACCGACUACUAUCUACAUCCAUUCAACACCUACUAUAUCAUCUCUAAAUAUAAACAUGAUCCACAAUUCAAUCAAAUAAUCAAUUUUAAUGAUUUUGAUAUCAAUCAAUUUUAUUUUAAUAAUAUUAGGUUUGGUUUGAUUCCUCUCCACUAA